CUAUGUUCCACAUCUAAAUUGUUGCUACAAUAAAAUAAAUGAGAAACAUUUCAGUUUACCGCUGGCUUUAAAUUGCUAAUUUUCUCAUAUAUGUUUGUAAAUUUUUAUGCAAAUGGAACAAAUUUGUGAAGUAACUGCCGUUGUUGAUACAUAUAGUACAAAAUUGGAAUAGCAGUAAAUCGUCAGUACACAAGACCUAGAAAUGGCGAAUUUACUACAUAAAAUUAAUAGUGAACAUAUUGGAAAUAUGGCAGAAGAAGACUUUUUUCUCAAAGAAUGGAAAAAUUGGUGUCGUCUUUGUGCGCGUGCUGACGCCGAAUAUAUUAAUAUGAUAUCCGGACAAUGGAAAAUGCCUAUGUCAGCAAUUAAUGUUUAUAGCAGCAGUAAUAUUGUUGCAGUUAUAGAGGAUUUUUUUCGAAUUCAAAUUGAAGAAGAUGAUAAAUUUUCAAAACUGAUAUGCGCAGAAUGUUAUCAAGUAGUUACUUCCUUAAUAAAUUUUAGGGAUCGCGUGAAGAGAGUUCAAGAAAUGUAUAGUGACCUACAAAGCCACCAUCACUUAAACAAGUUGAGUCAGAAAUCAUUGUACGACAAAUACAACAUAAUUGAAAAUGAACCAUUUCUGACAACAAAUAGCAAUAAACUGCCUGUUGAAGAAAUUUUCGUUGCUGAUUUACCAAUUACAAAUGUAACAGAGUCAACAGAAAUUGAAGUGAAAAGUGAAAAGAAAUCUGAUGAAGUUACAGCUGAAAUUCUGUUAACAGGCUUUGAAAAGGAUAAUGAAUUUGUCGACCCAAUCGGAGAUAUAAAUGAUAGCUUAGGCAUUCCAGAUUAUGCCAUGGCUGAAGAAGAUGAGCUCAGUAGUGAUAGUGAACAAAGUGAAAGAAAAUUUGAUGAUUUAAAUAGUGAUUCAGAAAAUAGUGAAGACAGGACUGAGAAAAACGAAAAAAUACAUAAUCAAGACGUUGAAUAUAAUUACUCGUGUAAAAGGUGCAAGUGCUCACAAGGUUUCCAACGCCUUAAGAACUAUAUCACUCAUAUGAAGCAAAAGCAUGGUGAAAUUAAUUGCCCACAAUGCACUGAUUCAUUUAGAAAUGCCAUUAAACUGAAACAACAUAUGAAAACUCAUCCAAAAGCUUUUCCAUGUACUCUUUGCGAUAAGAAGUUUGAAACAAAAACCAGAUUAGCAAAGCAUAUCACUUGUGCACACGAAGAUGAACAACCACUAAUUUGUGAAGUGUGUGGUCUUACUUUGCGCUCUAGAAAGCAACUCAGAGAACAUAUGCUGCAACACACCGACUAUUCACCAUUUGAAUGUAAAAUUUGUGGAACCAGGUUUAAAAUUAAAAGCCGACUGAAGAGGCACAUGCAAAUACAUGGAGACAAGUACAUAUGCCCGGAAUGUGGUAAACAAUUGAGUACGCGUGCUACACUCAAAAGUCAUUUGCUUGUUCAUUCCGAUAAGAUGUCACACAAAUGCGAUUAUUGUGGACGACUCUUUAAGCGCGCCAACACACUUAAGAACCAUUUAAUUGCCCAUACCGACCUUAGGCCAUACGCCUGCGAUUUUUGUGAUAAAAGAUUCUCAACAGGGCCAAGCUGUAGAUUUCAUAAAAAAACUAUGCAUCCGAAAGAAUUGGCUGAAUUGGAGGCAUCCGGAGCUAAAACAUAUACCAAAAACAUACCCACUUUACAUGUUCUAAAGGCAGUUUCGCGAACUGGUGAGAAUUUCAAGCCACUGGCAUCAAAACAAAACGGUUGUGUGCAUUUUGACAAGGAAAUACAAGCAAAAAUUGUGGUUGCGAAUUCAACGCCUACUACGAAUGCUGCAAGCGAAAAGUAAUAAAAAAAAUAAUAUUUUUAUUGAAUUUCUAAAUGUAUACGUUGACAAAUUAGUUGUAAUAUCUGAAUAUCUGAAUUUUAUAGUAAUAUUAACAUACAUAAUUUAUGUAAGCAUCAAUAUUUUGCACUUCAAUGAAGUGCUGGUGUGGUAUCAGAUAUCCUUAAAUAAUAAUAAUAGCAAAUAUGUAUAAUUACUACAUUAUUUUUAUUUUUAUAAUAUUUGGGGUAAUUUAGACUAGUAAUGUAACAAGUGAGCUUUAUUUAAUAAAUUUGAAAAAAAUUGUAAUAAGUA